AUGCUAGUCCUGCCAGACAAUUUCGGCCUUGUCGAGCCCGGGAUCUACCGCUGCUCCAAAAUUGACUCUGACAACUUCCCAUUCCUCGAAACACUUAGACUCAAAUCCUUAAUAGUGCUAGAUGCUGAGAAGCCACCCCGUACCUUGAACAAUUUCGUUGAGGCCAACAGGAUAGAGUUGUUCAAUCUUGGUAGUCUUAAGAUAUCCAAUCAUCAUCACAACGCCAAGAGAAACUCCACUACCAACGACGAAGAGGAAGAAGAUACCGACGGAAGGUCCAGCAAAGGCUCCCUUGACAAAGUGGAUCAAUACGAUGAAAAGGAUACCAUCGAUGUUAUAAACCUUCACAUAAAAAGGCCCAAGACCGACCAAUGGAUGUUGAUAGAAAAAAAUGUGAUACUGAAGACAUUUGAACUACUUCUCAACAAAUCCAAGCACAAUAUACUCUUGGUGGACUCCACAUCGACAUUGAUAGGUAUACUAAGGAAGAUCCAAAAAUGGAACUUCAACUCAAUUCUCAAUGAGUACAAGACGUAUACUGGCAACUCCUCCAAAAGCAAUUACUACGCUGAGAAUUUCCUUGAAUUGAUCCAAGUAGAACUCAUUCCCCACGAAAUAGACCAGGUAAAAGAACAACAAAAACUACAACAGGCAAGAGAAAUUAAAUACGAGGGGGUUCCACAAUGGCAGACCUCCUACUUGGAUCCCUCCGAUUAUGGAAUCAAAAGUCCCGAAGCAUUCAGAAAUAAGAGAAAAGAAUCGUUAGAGGAUGCGGUUCACUGGGAUGAUUCUGAUGAACACAGCAUAGAUGAUGAAGAUAUGGACGACGAUGUUCUAUCUGCAUCACCCCAGAUUCCAGCCAACUUGUUGAAGUUGGUAGAACAGAGAAAGCAUGACAAAUUCAGAGAUCAAGACUCGGAACCCACUGUAACUCCAGGAACUUCGCCAAAACUUGGUAGAAGUAGUCGACACAAUAGUUUCAGCAGUGACUUCUUGACAACUGCGAGAGCUAACCUUGACAGAAGAAGAUCAUCAAUAGAUUCGAAAUUUAUUCGGAUGAACAGCUCCAAGUUCAGGAAUCAAAACUCACCCAUCCAGACAGGAUACAGAUCGUCUAUUGAAAGUACUUCGCCGGUCUUCAAGAUGGUUAAAGACAGACCCAAAGACUCGAGAAAUUUAACCCCUACAGAAAUCGAAGCAGUGAAGCAAAAAUACGAUUUUAAAUAUUAUAAAAAUUUGAAUAAGUAUCCUGUGGACUUUGAGAAUGUUAGUGUCAUUAAAUUGAAGUUGCCUCCGGAUAAUAGAUUACCAGAAUGGUUCAUCCGAGGACGGGACUAUUGGGAGUCGAACUUAAAGAGUCUCAAUCAAGGUAUUUAG